CUGCUAUGUGCCUGAUCAAAACAUCGUGGCGCUUCAGUUGGAAUCUGUCAGUCAUCACAUCAUUGUUCAGCCUGGAUAACUAAAGACCCCGCAGUCCACUAUGGCGGCGCCCGGUGGAACUUUAGACUGUGAGGACUUUUCAAUGUUUCAGGAGGUACUGAAGGUGAUGAGGACCAUAGACGACCGUAUAGUCCAUGCCCUGAACACCACCGUGCCCACAGUGUCCUUCUCAGGCAAAGUGGAUGCUACACAAACAUGCAAACAACUCUAUGAAUCUAUGAUGGAGGCCCAUCUGAGCCGAGACAAAGCUAUUAAGUCCUGUAUAGCGCAAACAUCUGAGGUGGUGGGGCGACUGCGUGAAGAGAGAGCGAAAGACAGUGAGAAUCUGGUGCUCAUCAAACAGCUCAGGAAGGAGCAGACCAAAUUAAAGUUGAUGCAGUCAGAGCUAAAUGUUGAAGAAGUUGUCAAUGAUAGAAGUCUGAAGGUAUUCAAGGAAAGGUGCAGAAUCCACUACACACCGCCAAGGGUGAAGUGAAGCUCCAUCUGCUGAGGGGAACUGCUUCACCCCCUGAGGUUCAAACCCAGACUGGAUCUGAAACUGUGAACUGCUACAGCUGAGUCCCAACUGCCGGCCGUUCACCGUCCAGACACCUCCGACCUCUGCUCCUUCACACCUGUAUUCCAUUGUGAUUAUGUGUUGCAUUGUCACCGCUGAAAACAGUCACUCAUGUGCUUCUUUGAUGAGAAACAUUGUACAAAAGAGUUUUUUUAAAAAGACAAUGAAAAUUUUUCAAAUUAAAA